AUGGAGGAACGUCCUGGCAUCUCACUUGCACUCUCACAAGCCCAUCCUCCAGUUUGGGACCUCGUUGACCUUCCGCAAUCAUCCUCCUUUCAUCGGCAUCUCACUAAACUACUUUGGAUCACGGCAAUCAUUCGGAGAGCGGUCUCGCGCUUUAAGAGGGUUCCUGGCUCGAGCUUGUCCGCAUCGCCAUUGAAUCCAGAAGACCUGGAGAAGGCAACAUUGUUCUGGAUACGCGCGACUAAAGAGGCGUACUUCUCAUCAGAAUUAAGAACGUUGUCGGCAGGUCAAUCUCUUCACAAACGUCACGUUCUGACACGACUCACGGCCUUUGUCGAUCGUGCAGGAAUUCUCAGGGUUGGUGGAUGGCUGCAAAAUUCUCAGCUGGAUGAUGAUAGUAAACAUCCAGCAAUACUACCUCGUCAGUCAAAAUUCACCAACCUAGUCAUCUCCGAUGCUCAUGCCAGAACCAUGCAUGGAGGAACUAAGCUAACGCUCUCCUACAUUCGACGAACUUUCUUGAUUAUUGGAGGUCGUGCUCCAGUGAAGUCCUUCCUCAAAGAUUGUCUCACUUGUGCUCGAAUACGUGGAGUGAGAGCACAGCAACUCAUGGCUCCACUCCCGGCAUCUCGAGUAACACCAUCUCUUGUGUUCGAGACUACAGGGCUGGAUAACGCCGGGCCAGUCACCAUGAAGACUUUUCAGGGCAGAGGUGCAAAGUCCUUCAAGGGUGUUGCGUAUCCUACGCAACGUGUGAGUAGGACGAAGCUUUUGGGUGUGUACGGCCCUGCAAAGGCGUGA